GCAGGGAGCCCAGCUGGCGGGUCCUGCUCUGCGCUCACCAUGGUGUCCCGGGACCAGGGCCCACAGUACGUGGCACUCUGGGAUUUUGAGGCCCGCACGGAGAAGGAGCUGAGCUUCCAUGAGGGGGACCUCUUUCACGUGACCUUAAUAAAGGGCCAGUGGUGCAUGGCCGAGCUGCUGGACCCGUCGGGCAGGGUCGUGGCCCAGGGCUAUGUGCCCCUCGACUACCUGGCCCAGAAGGAGACGCUGGAGUCAGAGCCGUGGUUUUUUGGCUGCAUCUCCCGCUCGGAGGCGACACACCGACUACAGGCCGAGGGCGUUGGGCGAGGUGCCUUCCUGAUCAGGGUCAGCCAGAAGCCAGGCGCCGACUACGUCCUGUCUGUGCGGGACACGCAGACGGUGCGACAUUACAAGAUCUGGCGGCAAGAGGGGGGCCGGCUGCACCUCAGCGAGGCCCUGUCCUUCCCCAGCCUGUCUGAGCUCGUGACCCAUCACCGGGAGGAGAGCCUGACCCACGGCCUGCGCCUGGCAGCGCCCUGCAGCAAGGAUGAGCAGGAACCACUGCCCUACUGUGACGACUGGGAGCGACCGAGGGAGGAGUUCUCGCUCUGCAGGAAGCUCGGCCAGGGCUGCUUUGGGGAGGUCUAUGAGGGCCUCUGGAAGGACCAAGUCCAAGUGGCCAUCAAGGUCAUCCCCCGAGCCGACCUCCGGCAGCAGCAUGUCAUCCACUCGGAGAUCCAGGCCAUGAAGAAGCUGCGGCACAAGCACAUCCUGUCCCUCUACGCUGUGGUCUCGGUGGGCGACCCUGUGUACAUCAUCACCGAGCUCAUGCCCAAGGGGAGCCUGCUGUCGCUGCUGCGGGAGUCUGAGGAGACAGACCUGCCCAUGUCCGAACUGGUGGACUUCGCAUCGCAGGUGGUCGAAGGUAUGUGCUACCUGCAGUCACAGAACUACAUCCACCGGGACCUCGCCGCCAGAAAUAUCCUCGUGGGAAAGAACAAUAUAUGCAAAGUUGGGGACUUCGGACUGGCCCGGCUCAUCAAGGAGGGCACAUACCUGUCCUGCGAGAACAACAUCCCCUACAAGUGGACAGCGCCUGAGGCCCUGGCCCGAGGCCACUACUCCAUCAAGUCAGACAUCUGGUCCUUUGGGGUCCUCCUCCAUGAGAUCUUCAGCAAAGGCCAGGGGCCCUACCCAGGUAUGAGCAACCUCGAGGCCUCCCGGAGGGUGAAUGCUGGCUACCGCAUGCCUUGCCCGGUCGAAUGCCCGCCUGCCAUGCACAGGCUGAUGCUGGCGUGCUGGCACGAGGACCCCAAGCAGCGGCCCUGCUUCUUGGCUGUGCAGGAGCAGCUGUGCACCCUCAGCAGGUACGAGAACCCACUCUGAGCCCUCACUGAGGGGCAGUGCUGGACAGCAGGUGGACGCAAGGGAAGGUCAGCCCACAAUGUCUCCUGGACCCUCUGGGCUUGGGGCCCAGGCCCUUGUCCCUGUCCUCCCCACGGCCAUCGGCAGUGACCGCUGUGCAGGCUGCCAGAGACUGCGGGGACUCGGGGGCACCCUGCCUGCAUUCAGCCAAGGGAUGGGGAUCAGGACCACCAGGCCCCAGCGGGUCCCUGUUCUGUCCCUGGUACCCUGUGGGGAAACCAAGGCAGACACCACAGCAGCUGCUGGAAGGAUCUAGAAGGGCUGGCCAGCCAAGCUGAGCACAGACUGAGCCCCACGUGCCCAGGGGAGCCUGUUCUCAGAGGGGCCACACCUCAGCCCACUCCAUGCUGCUUGCUCGCCACUCAGAGACCAACGUGGUACUGCGGGGUGGGACAGAGGUGACUGAUGCCACCCACGCUGCCUCAUCCCCCCUGCCGGUGCCAGGGACUCCACACUCCCCUGGUGAGGGGUCCCAGCUCCAGAGGCCUCUACCAGGGUCUGAACCCGACUGCCAGAGCUCCUGGCAGCAACUCCCCAGCUUGGCACACGGCGGCAUGGCAGCCACAGCACGGCAGCCACGGCAUGGCAGCACACGGCAUGGCAGCCACGGCAUGGCAGCCACAGCAUGGCAGCGCAGAGCAGGACACAACAGCGCACCGCACAGCAGCCACGCGUGGCAGAGCACUCACACCCGCUCACUCAGCAGGAAUCUUGGGGCCAUGCAGA